ACUCAGCCAUGCCCCGCGGCCGCGCGGCGCUGCUGGCGCUGGGCGCUCUGCUGGCCUGCGGCCUGCUGCUGCUGCCGCCCGCCGCCCGCCGCCACGUCCCGGCCCGACUCCCGGCCAACGCCACGGUGCGGGCGGGAGUGGCGCCGGGCGACCCCGCCGUCGCCUACAGGGAGGCCGCCGCGCCGCGGUCCCUCGCGGCCAGCAGGCCCGACGUGCUGCUGCUGCACGGCCAGGCCUUCAGCUCCGGCACGUGGCAGGCCCUGGGCACGCUGGCGCUGCUCGCCGCUGAGGGACACCGCGCCGUCGCCAUCGACCUGCCUGGCUAUGGGGAUUCGCCCCCCGCGGGGUCGGUGGCCACGCAGCGGGGUCGGGCGGCCUUCCUGCGGCACGUCGUGCAGCGGCUGGGCUUGCGGAGGCCGGUCCUCGUCAGCCCGUCCAUGAGCGGCCGCUUCGCCCUGCCCUUCCUCCUGGCGCACGGCCGGCAGCUGGCCGGCUUCGUGCCCAUCGCCCCCGUGGGUACGCGGGAAUACGGCGCCGUGCAGUACCAGCAGGUCCAGACCCCCACGCUGAUUCUGUAUGGUGACCGCGACACCGGACUGGGCCAGCAGGCCCUGCAGAGCCUCCGGCACCUCCCCAAGCACCGCGUGGUUGUGCUGCCCGGCGCUGGCCAUGCCUGCUAUAUGGACAAGCCCGAGGACUUCCACCGGGCCCUGCUGGGCUUCCUGGGCCAGCUGCAGUGAGCUGAGUGCUGCCGCACUGAGCAGAGGGCAGCGGGGCUGUGCCUCUGUCCCCGUGCCACGCUGGGAGGUGGAGAGGUGGCGGUGCGGGGCUGGGGGUGAUUCUCCUGCAGUGCCCUCCUGCAGCAUCGCCUCUCCCUCCUGUGGUUGGGACCGGAGGUUACACGCUCGUAGAACCGUGGGAUUAUGGAAUAUCCCAAGUUGGAAGAGGUGCACGGGGAUCACCCAAUCCAAACACUGGCUCCUCACGGAACCACGCAAGCGCUCAGAGCGAUGACCAAACGCUCCCUGAGCUCCAGCAGCUUUGGGGCUGUGCCCGCUGCCUUGGGGGGGUGGGAGGGCUGUUCUGUGCCCACCGCCCUCCGGUCACUAAUCGGAGUUUCGGAAGGACGUUCUGGCGGGGCAGCCCCCUGUGCCGGGCUCCGGGCACGAUGCUGCCGUGCUGGCCGGGGGCGGGGGGGGCGGCGAGCUGGAAGGAAGGAGGUGCGAGCCGCUUGUCCCGAGGCCAAUAAACACCGUGCUCCGCUC